AACUGUGACUGUUGAGAGAGCUUCAAACUGUGGGGGCAGCAUUACACCUCUUAAUGUACAGCCUGCCGGAAAUUAUCAUUAGAAGAAGAAGACAUCCCUGGCUGAUUCAUUGUUGUCAGUCAAUUUAACGCCGCUUCACACAGAAAAACACACUUUUCGGGACGCCGGAUAGUUUUGAAAAACAGAUACUGAAAUGGAUCGGCUUCUGAGGCUUGGAGGUGGAAUGCCGGGGCUUGGUCAGGGCCCCCCAACAGAUGCACCUGCUGUGGACACAGCAGAGCAGGUGUACAUCUCCUCUUUGGCCCUGCUCAAGAUGUUGAAGCAUGGGCGUGCAGGUGUACCAAUGGAAGUCAUGGGACUGAUGCUGGGAGAGUUUGUUGAUGAUUACACAGUGCGAGUGAUUGAUGUGUUCGCCAUGCCUCAGUCAGGAACGGGUGUGAGUGUUGAAGCAGUGGAUCCUGUGUUCCAGGCCAAGAUGUUGGACAUGCUGAAGCAGACUGGCAGACCAGAGAUGGUGGUCGGGUGGUACCACAGUCACCCUGGCUUUGGCUGUUGGUUGUCCGGCGUUGACAUCAAUACGCAACAGAGCUUCGAGGCCCUGUCAGAGCGAGCCGUCGCAGUGGUGGUGGAUCCCAUCCAGAGCGUCAAAGGAAAGGUUGUUAUUGAUGCCUUCAGAUUGAUCAACGCCAACAUGAUGGUUUUGGGUCACGAACCAAGACAAACCACGUCCAACCUGGGGCAUUUGAACAAGCCCUCAAUCCAGGCUCUGAUUCAUGGACUUAACAGACAUUACUAUUCCAUCACCAUCAAUUACAGGAAAAACGAGCUUGAGCAAAAGAUGCUGUUGAACCUGCAUAAGAAGAGCUGGAUGGAAGGGCUCACCCUGCAGGACUACAGUGAGCACUGCAAGCACAAUGAGACGAUUGUCAAAGAAAUGCUGGAGCUGACAAAGAACUACAAUAAGGCGGUUGAAGAAGAAGAUAAGAUGACCCCAGAGCAGCUGGCAAUCAAGAAUGUUGGAAAACAGGAUCCCAAGAGGCACUUGGAGGAGCAUGUGGAUGUUCUAAUGACAUCUAACAUCGUCCAGUGCCUAGCAGCCAUGUUGGAUACUGUCGUUUUCCAGUGAUGAUUCCAGUUAAAAAAAAAAAAACAACAACAAAGGAUGUAUCAUUUAGGUUCAGUGUCUCUACAUGCUACAUACUUUGCACCUGUAAUGUUCAGUAAACCGACAUCAUGACGUUAGAGGUGAGCAAAUCAGCCGCGAGUGCACGACGUAAGAGGAGUUUCAUUCUAAAUAAUUUCCACACAAAUGCACCGAGUGCAGCUUUAGUUAUUUUUUACUUUCACAAAGACGUUAUAAACCCCCGGUGUUUGGUCUGAACAAAAGACGCUGAGUAAUUGUCUGGAUGCACAAAGACGUGUAUCAUCUGUUACUAAAAAAAAAAGGAGCAUUUACAGAUUGUUGACAAUAAAACUGUUUUCUUGUUCUGAA